AAUGCCUAAAUCACAGUUUCAAUUUGAUAGCAAUUCAAAUUCUCAGACAAUUUCCACUUCAAAAUUCGAGCGAUUGCAAAAUUGGGGUUUCCCAUCAAGUUUUGGUAGUUGCUGCAUCUUCAGAUUGCAAUUAAGGUGCUGCCUGCUUAUUCUGUCUCUUCAAAUCCCAGGAUGAACCAAGAACAAAGCUCCCUUGUUCUACAAUCUUCCUCCAACUUCUCACCACCCAAAGGGGUGAAGUUAUCGUAUGGAACAGCUGGGUUCAGAGCAGAUGCAACCCUGCUAAAAUCAACGGUGCACAGGGUUGGAAUCUUGGCUGCUUUAAGAUCAAUCCAAACCAAAUCUGUGAUAGGAUUGAUGAUCACAGCUUCCCAUAAUCAAGUGUCUGACAAUGGUAUCAAAAUUGCUGACCCAAAUGGUGGAAUGUUGUCUCAGCUUUGGGAACCCUUUGCUGAUUCCCUUGCCAAUGUUGCUGAUCCCUUUGAACUUGUUCAGCUUAUUAGUGAUUUUGUGAGUAAGGAGAUCAUCCCACUUGAUAAUGUCCGUUCAGCAGAGAUCUUGCUGGGAAGAGAUACUCGUCCCAGUGGAGAAUAUCUCCUUGAAGCUGCAAAGCAAGGUAUCAGCUCAAUAAAAGGUGCGAUUUACCAUGAUAUGGGAAUUUUAACCACCCCACAAUUACAUUGGAUGGUCCGUGCUAGGAAUAUGGGUAUGAAUUCAACUGAGCAUGAUUACUUUCAGCAACUCUCACAUUCCUACAGGUGCUUAGUUGAAUUGAUCCCAGAUGAGAAAAAAGUGAGCAAAUCCAAUGAUAUUGUGGUAGUUGAUGGGGCUAAUGGUGUAGGAGGUGAUAAACUUGAAAUUUUGAGAGAGUUGUGUGGUGAUCUAUCAAUAGAAGUAAGAAAUUCCAGCAAAGGAGAAGGUGUUCUGAACAAAGGAGUUGGAGCUGAUUUUGUGCAGAAAGAGAAAGUUGUGCCGUCUGGGUUUGGCCGUAGUGAUGUUGGGCUGAGGUGUGCGAGUUUUGAUGGGGAUGCGGAUAGGCUUGUAUAUUUUCUUGUGCAACCAGACAGUAAAUUAAUUGACCUUGUUGAUGGGGACAAGAUACUAUCGCUGUUUGCUCAUUUUAUUAAAGAGCAAUUGGAUGCUCUAAAAGACAAUGAACUUGAAAAACCGUGUGAUCCUUAUCAUCCACGUCUAGGCAUAGUGCAAACAGCCUAUGCUAAUGGGGCAUCAACCGCAUACCUAAAAAACUUGGGAUUGGAUGUUGUCUUAACUCCGACUGGAGUGAAAUAUUUACAUGAAAAAGCUUCUGAAUAUGACAUUGGUAUAUACUUUGAAGCAAAUGGCCAUGGCACCAUAUUGUUUUCUGAUACUGUACUAUCUUGGUUGGAGGAUAGAAAUAGCGAGCUCUCUUCUGCUUGUACAGGCUCGGAAAAGCACAAGGCCGCGUUGAGAUUAUUAGCUGUCAGUAAAUUGAUCAAUCAGGCUGUUGGUGAUGCUUUGAGUGGAUUGCUAUUGGUGGAAGCCAUCUUACUGCAUACAGGAUGGUCAAUUCAGAAAUGGAAUGAACUCUACAAAGAUCUACCUAGCAGACAGCUUAAGGUUUGGCAGUUCGCUUUAUUUUUCAUAGUUAUAAAAGUUAAGGUAGUCGACAGAACAGCAGUUGUUACUGCAAAGGCUGAGACUGUAGUUGUGCAGCCUGCUGGCAUCCAAGAAGCAAUUGACACUGCAACUGCAAAGUAUCGUCAUGGACGAUGUUUUAUCCGGCCAUCGGGUACAGAGGACGUCAUUCGGGUCUAUGCAGAAGCUGCCACUCAAGAAGAGACAGAUAGUCUAGCUAAUUCAGUAGCAAAGCUUGUAGAUCAGUUCCUUGGAUUUGGCAGCUCACAAUGAAUGAGUCACUACUUUGAAGUUUGACCCACUGGUUUUUGUUUUUCCCAUCAUUUUUCUCUUGUUUAGAAGUAUAACUGAAUUUGGUUAUUUAUUCCAAAGUUUAACAGAAACAAGUUAUUCCUUUCAAUAACAGUGGUGACAUCAACAAAAAAAAAAGUGUUCAUGGAUGCAUUUGCUUGUAUAAAAGAACAUUAUCUUGUCAAAAAAUGUUAUUAUA